UCUUGCUCCCCCCCCAACACACAUACACACGCACUGAGAUUCUACAUAAAUAUAUCGUUGAACCGUUUUAAUAUUCCCGAUUCCAGCUGGUAUGAAAUUUUAGCAACAAUCACAGAGAAGCCCUCGGAACUAUCGCAAUCAUGUCCCGGUAUCAGGGACCUAAACGUCAAUACAAACCGUUCGACCUCUCCAGAUUCGGUGAUCCCGGUCCCAUUGUCCACGCGCUCCCGCCCAGCGAUGAAGGGCAAACCACACGUGAACCCGAUGUGGGUAUCUCCCAAUACGCCCAAGCCGACUUGCCCGGAUUCUCCGCCAUCAUCAAGCACCGAUAUUCGGACUUUAACGUCUUCGAAAUCGACCCUCAGGGUCAGGUUGUGCGACUCCAAUCGUUGACCCCGCCCGAUUUGGACGCCAAGCCCAAUAUCGAUUUUCAGGAGAUGAAGCACUUGGAUGUGCCCGAGGAUGAGCGGAAGUUCUUCACUAGUUUGACGUGGUUGCGAUUGGUUCAAUUGGCCAAGAAGGCCUUGCUCAAGGAGGAUACCAUGCCUUCGGAGACGGUGUCGGUGGAUGUGACCACGAGGACCAAAGAGGAACGCAAGCAAGUGCAUCAGAUUGUGCGGAAAUACUUUCCGCAUUUGCAGACCUUCACCGAAGACAAGACCAUUGGCGAUGAGUUGAAAAAGGUCAUUUCCGUGUUGUUCAAGACCACCGGCGAUCAGAAGAAGGCCGAUGACCGAGAGUGGCCGCGAGAAAGACCCAAAUUCCUACACUUUACCCUCUACAAAGAGGACUUGGACAGUAUGCAAGCCUUCAAUGCGUUGAGCAAAUGUUUGGGCAAGAAGUACAAGUUCACGUUUGCGGGGACGAAAGACAAACGAUCGAGGAGCACCCAACGGUGCGCCAUCUCAUUUGUCACGCCCAAACAGUUGAUCUCGGCCGCCAAAAGGACAUAUUUCAAUCAAGACCGGACAGCCUUGGCCGUGGGUGACUUCUCGUUUGAACGAAAAGCCAUUCGAUUGGGCGACCAUCAAGGCAACCAUUUCGCUUUGGUGCUCCGUCAUGUGGACUCGCGUGAGAAUGCCGAGAAAGGCCUCGAAGGCUUAAAGACCCACGGCUUCAUCAACUAUUUUGGACUUCAACGCUUUGGCAACUCCUGUGUCAAGACCUCGGAUGUGGGCUUGGCCAUAAUUCGCGGCCAGUGGCAGGAAGCCAUUGAGUUGAUCUUGAAACCCCGGUCCAACGAUCGCUUUCUGAUGAAGCAGGCCAGGGAGUUCUGGUGGCAAUACCGGAAGAGUGACAUUGCCCUUCGAAUUUUGGGGCAUCACUCGCAAUCCAUCGAAGGUAGUGUCUUCAAAGGACUCAAGCUGAGCAAUGAAAAGUUCGGUAGUGGGGCCAUGAACUACGUCAACAAGAACUCCAGACUCAUGUACGUUCAUGCCUACCAAUCUUUGGUGUGGAACAAGGCUGUUUCCAGACGAGUGAGCAAGCAUGGUCUGAAAGUGGUCUUGGGUGAUUUGUACCUGAAAGAAGAAGUGCCUGAAGUAACCAAUGAGGAACCCAUGGAAGAUCAAGAAGUGUCAGCCCAAACAGAAAAUGAGGAUAAAGUCCCGUUGGUUGAAGCCAAGGAUGAAAAUGGAGUCAAGGACGGAAAUGAAGCCAAGGAUGAAAAUGAAGCCAAGUUUGGUCGGAACAAGGUCAAUGUGAGCAUUGUGAGCCCAGAAAACAUCAACGACGUGUCCAUCCAUGACGUAGUGAUGCCCCUCCCGGGCAAAGAUAUCCAAUACCCCGACAACGACAUUAAAGACAUGUACGAGGCCAUUCUCAAGGAAGACGGACUGGAUUUUGAGAGCUUUGAGAACUCUUCACGGGAAUAUUCAUUGGGCGGAGACUACCGCAAGAUAGUCGCACAGGCUGGCAAUCUCCAAUGGCGAUUCAUUCGUUACACGGAUCCCAAUAAAACGUUGGUUAUAUCGGAUUAUAACCGUGUCAUGGGCUUGCCGGAGAUCGCCGAUGAAGAAGAAGGCCCCUAUUUGGGCUUGAUCCUCGAAUUUUCACUCAAGACGUCCAACUACGCCACAAUGGCCAUCCGAGAGAUUUCCCGGAUCGAUACGGGAAAAGAACAACAAGGCCAAUUGACCGAACAGCACCAAACCCAGGAUGAAGAGCGAAAACGGAAAGCGGAUGAGCAAAAAGAAAAUGGAGCAGGCCCGGUCAAAAAGAUCAAAACGGAUGACACGAAAGAUGCGGAAUCCACUCAUUAGGUUCGUUUAUUGUGUUCCAAAAAAAUAUGAUUUAUUUAACCAUCGUA